AUGGCUCGCAACAUGACCCUCCAAUACAUCCCCCAUGACUCGACCCGGCACCAUAGAUUCAAGAAGCGCCUCAAGGGCCUGAUGAAGAAGGCGGACGAACUAGCCAUCUUGUGCGAUGCUAAGACCUGCGUACUGGUGUACAACGAGGGCAAGGUGGCGCCCAAGGUGUUCCCUUCCCAGGCCGAGGCGGUGGGUAUCCUGAAACAAUUCAAAAGCAUGCCGGAGUUGGGGCAGUGCAAGGAGGUGAUGAACCAGCAGGGCUUCAUCACCAAGCGCAUUAACAAGGUCCGGGACCAGGUCGACAAGACCCGCCGCGAGUGCGAGGACGGCGAGAUCAGGUACCUCCUUCACAAAACCAUGGAUGGGGAUCACUCAGGCCUCGUUGGCCACACCAUCGAGGAGCUCACCAGAGUUGGCUACAAGGUGGACAUGCUUCUCAAUAGCAUCAGUGAACGCAUGGCAAAAAUCCAUUCACAGGCACCGCCACGAGCUCUAUGUGUCACCACUGACAUCAUUGACAUGGGGUCUCCCUUGUUGUAUCCGGCACCACCUCAGCAGCAGGAGGGCCUGCCUGACAUGGUGAGCUCCGGAGGGGACCUCGACACCCUGGUCUACAGUGGCUAUGCCGACGCCAAAUUCUCUAGCUGCGAUAUGAUGCAGAUGCAGUCCUUUGAUAUGGGGUUCGGUUCUAGUCCUUUCCCUCCCAUGUAA